AUGGCCAUUAACAACGGCAAUCACUGCGAGGAACCGCCAGUGGCGGUGGUUGUGGUCCCUCUACCGGCUCAGGGCCACCUCAACCAGCUCCUCCACCUCUCCCGCCGCCUCACCUCUGCCGCCGCCGGCAGACUCUCCGUCCACUACGUCGCCGGCGCCGCCCACAUCCGCCAGGCGAAGCUCCGAGCCCUCGGCCCGAACUCGAACCCGUCCCCUCUUCCAAACAUCGACUUCCACGAACUCCCUGUCCCACCCUUCAACAACCCGGAACCCGACCCGCACGCACCCACAAAAUUCCCAUCCCAGCUAAUCCCAUCUUUCCACGCAACCCUCGACCUCCGGGCCCCAAUCCUUGCCUUCGUAACCGAACUUUCGGCCCGACACAAAAGGGUCGUCGUUAUAUACGAUUCUUUAAUGACUUACGUCGUGCAGGACGUCGACUCUGUUCCCAAUGUCGAGUCUUACUGUUUCUGGAGCGUGUCGGCCUUUUGCCUGCAAUUCGCCAGAUGGGACGCGGCCGGGCGGCCCCAGUUGCCGGAAAACGAGAAAGAAACCGAGAUUCUCUUCAGAGACCUUCCGGGCCUCGACAAUUGCUUCUCCCCUGAAUUUGCCCUGUUUCGUAAAAUGCAGCGGUCUUCCCGGAAGACCUUCUCGGGAGAUAUUUACAACUCGAGCCGGGUGAUCGAAGGCCCGUAUCUUGAAUACCUCUCAAAAGGAGUCGAGAAGCAAUGGGCCGUUGGCCCAUUUAAUCCGAUCGGGAUAACGGGUAAUCUGGAUUCACCAAUCAAGAACGAAUGCCUCGAUUGGCUCGACCGGCAAUCCCCGGAUGGCUCGGUUAUAUUCGUGUCGUUCGGGACUACGACUUCCAUUUCCGACGAGCAGAUAAACGAGCUGGCAAUCGGGCUCGAGAAAAGCGGGCAGAAAUUCAUCUGGGCUUUACGGGAAGCGGAUAAAGGCGACAUCUUUACGGGAGGAGGAGAACGGGCCCGGCGAAGGCCCGUUCUCCCAGACGGGUUUGAGGAGAGAGUGAAAGGCUGGGGACUCGUCGCUCGAGAGUGGGCCCCACAGCUCGAAAUCCUCGGGCACCGUGCAAUUGGGGGUUUCAUGAGCCACUGCGGAUGGAACUCGUGCAUGGAGAGCAUGAGCAAUGGAGUGCCGAUUAUUGCUUGGCCCAUGCAUUCGGACCAGCCGGCAAACGCGGUCUUGGUGACUCGGGUUUUGAAAAUCGGGCUUCGGGUAAAGGAUGAUGCGGUCCCCCCCACGGAAAAUGAGGUCGUGCGGGCUUGUGUUGUGGAGAAGGUUGUGAGGAAAUUGAUGGCUUCUGAGGAAGGGGAUGAGAUUAGGAGAAGGGCCCAAGAGUUUGGAGUUGCUGUUAGGGAUUGUGUGAAAGAAGGUGGAGUUAGUAGUAAGGAAAUGGAUUCCUUUGUUAGUCACAUUACUAGAUGA